AGCGAAACAACCAUUCGACUGUCAGCUCCGAAAGGGAAAGAUUGUUUCAGAUUGACUGACCUUGCUGUUGGAAUUUCGGUAUAAAAUCUGCAACUGUCAGUUUAUAAUGGCUCAACAACCACUCCUUUCUUUGCCUGAGUUUGGCAAUGUAUCCACUGGCAGUCUGGUAGUAAAAGAGCCUUUAAACUUCUGGGGUGGAAAGAGAGUCCAAGCCAAGGACACAAAGAACUCAGAGCCAGUCUAUGAACCUGCAACUGGCCGUGUGCUGUGUGAUCUGAUUUUCUGUGGGGAAAAUGAGGUAGACCAAGCUAUCAAGAGUGCACAUGCUGCCUUCCUGAAAUGGAGUAAAUUGGCCGGCAUGGAGAGAGCUCGCAUUCUGCUGGAGGCUGCACGUAUCAUUAGGGAACGCAGAGAGGAUAUCGCUAGACUGGAAGUGAUCAAUAAUGGAAAGAGCAUCACUGAAGCACUGGCAGACAUUGAUGUUUCCUGGCAGACUGUGGAGUACUAUGCUGGCAUAGCUCCUACAAUUUCAGGCCAACACAUUCAGCUUCCUGGUGGAUCUUUUGCCUACACCCGUAGGGAACCACUGGGCGUGUGUGUGGGAAUUGGAGCCUGGAACUACCCUUUUCAACUUGCUAUAUGGAAGUCAGCCCCAGCAUUGGCCUGUGGUAAUGCCAUGGUGUUUAAGCCCUCUCCCUUUACUCCAGUGACAGCGGUUGUUUUGGCAGAGAUUUAUAAGGAGGCUGGCGUGCCAGAUGGGCUGUUUAAUGUUGUGCAGGGAGGGGCAGAGACUGGAACAGUGCUAUGUCAACAUCCCAUGGUGGCCAAAGUGUCCUUCACUGGCAGUGUGCCAACUGGCAAAAAGGUGAUGGAGAUGUCAGCAAAAGGAGUAAAGCAUGUGACUCUAGAGCUGGGAGGAAAGUCACCACUGAUUAUCUUUAAGGACUGUGAUCUGGAAAAUGCUGUCAAAGGGGCUCUCAUGGCUAACUUUCUUACCCAAGGCCAGGUGUGUUGCAAUGGGACACGUGUCUUUGUGCAAAAGGAUAUUUUAAAGCCAUUCAUGGAGGAGGUGCUUAAGAGGACAAAGGCUAUCCUUGUCGGGGAUCCCUUACUAGAGGGAACACGGAUGGGUGCUUUGAUCACCAAAGCCCAAAUGGAGAAAGUGCUGGGCUUUAUUAAACAAGCUAAAGAACAGGGAGCCAAGGUGCUAUGUGGUGGAGAGCCUAUUGCUCCCAGUGACCCCAAACUGAGUGGAGGCUACUUUAUGUCCCCUUGUAUACUGGACAACUGCAGAGAUGACAUGACCUGUGUGAAGGAGGAGAUCUUUGGACCUGUUAUGUCAGUUUUGCCAUUUGACACAGAGGAGGAGGUUCUGCAAAGAGCCAACAAUACUACCUUUGGCCUGGCAUCUGGAGUGUUCACAAAGGACAUAACCCGUGCCCACAGAGUGGCUGAAAACAUCCAAGCAGGAACCUGCUUCAUCAAUAAUUACAAUGUCAGUCCAGUAGAGGUUCCAUUUGGAGGCUAUAAGAUGUCAGGUAUUGGCAGAGAAAAUGGAAUGGUGACAAUAGAGUAUUACACCCAGCUGAAAACUGUUGUGGUGGAAAUGGGAGAUGUUCAGAGCCUCUUUUAAGAUAUUACAUUAAGUGAAUGCCUCCCUGUAGUAAUGUGACAUUUUUGCCAAUCUAUGAGUUGAGGUUUUGUAAACCUAAGCCUACUCUAACAUGUUGUAAUCAGCAGUUACUCUGCAGCCUUAAUACUUUUCAGACAUUUUACAAUUUUUGUAUUGCAAACAAGUUUUCAUUUUGCCUCAUGCAAACAGCAGCUGUGUAAUAAAUAAAGAUUUUUGCAUAUUUUA